UUCACCGCGCGAUGCUGCCCAUCUCCUGCAUAGUAUCAUUUUCUGAGCGAUAAUCAACAGACAAAGCAAACCUCCCUCGGCCAUUCGACAGUCGUUGAGAGAACAUUCCAGUCACUGGGGGAGGCCGAGCGAGAGGUUGAAGACGAAGAAGAAGGAGAAGGAAGCUCUCCGUUCGUCGCCAAUCAUCUCCGUUGGUCGAUUUCGUGUCCAUACAGACAUGGUUGAUGUUGCUGAUAAGGUAGCCUACUUCCAAGCGAUCACCGGCGUUGACGAUCUUGACCUUUGCACCGAGAUCCUACAAGCGCAUGGCUGGGAUCUGGAGCUCGCGGUCGCGUCCUUCACCGCCACCAAUCCCUCUGAUAGUUCCCCCGCUUCGCCUACCGAGCCGCCGCUUGAUUCCGGACCCUCAAGCUCUGGCUCUCGCCGAGUCGAGGAGCCUCUGUUGACCGCUGGUGCCGUCGCCCCGGGGCCGAGCUUGACGUGGAAGCUGAUCACCUUGCCUAUUUCAGUCAUCUCCGGCGGCCUAGGGUUAGUUUCUGGAGCGAUCGGGCUCGGGAUGUGGGUUGCUGGCGGCGUUCUGUCGUACUCCCUCGGGAUGAUAGGGAUUGGGUCCCGUACGGGUCGGUCGGACGACUCCUCCGCCAGAUUAGUCUCUGUCUCGGCCGCCGCAUCGGAGGCAAUGGACUUUGUGGCUGCAUUCGAGAGGGAGUAUGGCUCAUGUCCUACCAGGCCGAAUUUCGUCUCCGAGGGUUUCAUGGAUGCUCUUCAGAGGUCGAGGAACACCUACAAGUUGCUGUUCGUAUACUUGCACUCGCCUGACCACCCUGACACGCCUGUGUUCUGUGAGAGGACGCUCUGUAACGAUGUCUUGGCGGCUUUUGUGAACGAGAACUUUGUGGCUUGGGGAGGGAGCAUCAGGGCUAGCGAAGGGUUUAAGAUGAGCAAUAGCUUGAAGGCUUCAAGAUUUCCAUUCUGUGCAGUAGUUAUGGCUGCAACUAACCAGCGGAUCGCAUUGCUUCAGCAGGUUGAGGGCCCAAAAACACCGGAGGAAAUGCUCAUGGUACUCCAGAGAGUGCUCGAAGAAAGUGCCCCUGUUCUUGUUGCAGCAAGACUUGAUGCAGAAGAGAGAAGAAAUAAUAUGCGAUUGAGAGAGGAGCAAGAUGCUGCUUACAGAGCAGCUCUUGAAGCUGAUCAGGCUAGGGAGCGCCAGAGAAAAGAGGAGCAGGAGCGGCUAGAGAGGGAGGCUGCUGAAGCUGAAAGGAAACGUAAAGAAGAAGAAGAGGCUCGUCUGAGAGCAGAGCGGGAAGCAGCAGAGAGAGCAGCUGCUCUAGCAAAACUAAGGGAGGAGAAAGCCUCAUCUGUUGGCGCUGAACCUGAAAAGGGCCCCGACGUUACUAGAGUUUUGGUGCGCUUCCCGACAGGAGAACGCAAAGAGAGGAGAUUCCACAGCAACACGACUAUCCAAGUGCUGUAUGACUACGUUGAUUCUCUGGGAUGCUUGGAAAUAGGGAACUACAGCCUCGUGUCAAACUUUCCCCGAGUCGUGUAUGGUUCGGAAAAGUUGUCUCUAUCACUGAAAGAGGCAGGAUUGCACCCUCAGGCAAGCCUCUUCGUGGAGCUGAACUCGUGAGGAGAAGAAAAUCAGUAGGCUGUUGAUGAAGCUCGUGAUGAAACAGUUGGGAAAUGGAAUAUAGUACUUCUGCUUGCUCGUCCUUUUUGAUGCUGACGAUCAGGAUUCAGGAACAAUGUGGCGGUACACCAACGAUAUAGAUCUCUAGCUCACACUCUGUGUGGAUGUUCUAUUCCUUUGACUACAUGGCUCGGUGCAUCAUCACAUUACAUUCCUCCCUUGGUUGAUAAUAAUUCAGUUGUUAAAUCCAAAAGAAUGAUUCAGAUAUCAUGUUUAGGAUAGAUUGAAGAUUGUAUGACAAUUGGGCAAAUGGAUUAGUCAGUCGCUUUCUGUCGUUGCUCUCA